ACGUACUAUCGGGCCUCUGGACAAGCGCAAAAACACAACGCGCUGCCAGUCUUGUGCGAACCGACGGGUAAAGGUGCGAGCAAUCAGCACUCUGCUUCAAUGAGAUUAGUCAAACUUACACGAUAUGAACAGUGUGAUGGGGGAAAACCCUGUGAAAGAUGCAUUCGGACAAAUAAGAGUUGUGAGCCACAGCGGCUAGAGCAGACAGGAGUGAAAUUCGUCCAUAUGCCGGGACAUGUUCUGUUUUGUGCAAUUCCCAUGCAAGUGAAGAAGCAUGAUGACGCCAUAUAUCUGGAUCAUUUCGCGUCCUUCCUUCAGCGAUGCCAUUUUAGCAAAGAUUUUGCCGCUUCAAAUGCAGACAUAGUCACGAUCAUUGGCAAAUACCCUCUGCUUUGGCACAUCGCUAUCGCAAUCGGAGCUUUGGACGCCAGUAGGAAAGGCUCUAUCAGAUCAUUUGGUGAGCUUGAGUCUCCUAGGCAUAUUGCAUUCCGGGCUUGUGGUAGAUCAAUUCAAGAUCUGCAUUCGGCAAUCUCGACGGAAAAUCCAGUCUUUAGAGAUGACGUGUUUUGGAGCACAUUUCUCCAUGGUCUUUUUGAGCUGAUGGCAGAAAAGUCUGCCGAUUCAUUCGCAAAACACAUGGCUUUUGGUACAUCCAAAAUGCUGCUCAUGUUGAAACCUACAGAUCCGCUUUCGUUACCCACAAGGAGUUUGAUCGAUGCUUUCUGGGUUCUUGAGAACAACAGAGCCAUUCUUUAUGGCGACAAUAUAUUAGUUUCUCCAGACAAAUGGCAGUGGAGUUCGACGCGAGAAAGCUGGCCAGAUUCCAUGAAGAAAAUUCUCAUUCUUAUGACACAAACUUCCGCAUUUGCUAAAAGGCAAAGCGUUCCUCAAAAAUUGAGAUCCUCUGAUCCCGGAUUGGACUCUCUUGCCCUAGAAGGUCUCGAGAUCAAAGAAAGGGUUCUCAAUUGGCAAGAAGGAAGCUAUUUGAAAAUGUUACCGGCGGACCCUUUUACCAAAUUGGCCGUCAUCGUUUACCGCGCUCUUCUUUUAUAUCAUUGCAGGAAUUUUACUUUUCAUUCAUGCUGGAUGACACGGACAAUUCCUCAGCUUAACCAAAGUGAGGUCGAUAAACAUGUCGCCACAAUUUUGGGUCUGUCUCAAAGUCUUCUCUCGGAUACAUUCAUCCCGGGAGUUCUCUUGUUAUUUCCUUUGCGAAUGGCCGGAGCCCACGUUUUUGAGAGUCGUGCCCAGGAGGAAGUAUUGGGCACUAUUCGCGAAAUAGGGCAAAAAGGCUUCAUCGUUUCGGAUAGAAUCGAAGUCGAUUUGCAGGAAUUUUGGCAUUACAAGUUGGAGGAAGCAACUAGGGAGAAUUAA